AUGCGUGUUUUAAUAACAAAUGAUGACGGUCCUCUACAUGAUCAAUUUUCACCAUACAUCAGACCUUUUAUUCAGUACAUUAAAUCAAACUUCCCAGAAUGGCACAUAACAGUAUGUGUCCCCAAUACGCAGAAGUCAUGGAUUGGGAAAGCGCAUCUAGCUGGUAAGAGUCUAACCGCCCAGUUUUUAUAUUCGAAAUUAAAUUCUCAAGAUAAUACAUUUUUUGGUCCCUUUAAUCAACCACAACUAUUGAAUUCUGACCCAGAUUCCACACUCCCACGUACACAAAACAAUACAGAAAUACCUAUUGAUGCCAUUGAAUGGAUCUUGCUAGAUGGGACCCCUGCAUCAUGUGUAAACAUCGCAUUGCACCAUCUAUCCACUAAACCAUUCGACCUAGUAAUAUCUGGACCCAACGUGGGUAGAAACACCUCUGCGGCAUAUAUCACAUCUAGUGGUACCGUGGGGGCUGCCAUGGAAUCAGUGAUAACAUCAGGCAUCAAAUCUGUUGCACUAUCAUGGGCUUAUUUUCAAGGUUUUAAAAUCGUGUCUUCUGAAUUAAUGGAGGCUGCAUCGAGAUGGUCUGUUGAUGUCAUCCGUCAUCUUUAUGAUCAUUGGGAUGCAGAUACAGACUUGUAUUCUGUUAACGUUCCUUUAGUGGAUGAUAUUUUGAAGUUGCAAGACGUGCAGGUACAAUAUACCCCGAUUUGGGAGAAUAGAUGGACAUCUAUAUUCGAUAAGCCUCUCAUUAAUCAGGAUAAUUUGAAUCCUGAAAGAACCACUAGGGAUGACAUUGAAGCUGGGGAAGAAUAUAAUACUAUCUCAUUCCGUUGGAACCCCAACUUUAAAACCACAAGAGAUUCUCAUCAUGUUUGUAAUGAUUCUGACUGUGAUCAUGAUAUGAAAAUUAUUGAAAAGAAGAUGAUCUCGGUGACUCCUUUAAGAGCUACUUUCAGAACCAUUGAUCACUUAUUAGGCCAAAAACUGAACCUGAACAAUGCAACGACGUCGCCAGAUAAUACCGUAAACAUCGCAAUCACCAUUGAUCCAACGGAAUAUAUCUACAAUCCUUUGAAAACAGCUCUUAUCAAGCAUCUUCCUAAUGCUAAUUUUGUAAAUAAAGUGGAAGACGCUAAAGAUACCCCGAAUUCGGUUUUAUUUCAAUAUGGUGAUUAUGAACAAUUAGACGUGGAUAAGUUGAUGAGUAGUCCCGAGAAAUAUUUUACAAAUUCGUAUGUGUACAGAAAAGCAUUAAUUAGGAAACAUUAUUUGUCUCAUACGGUACACUCCUAUGUGGUGAAACACCCCGAAUCCAUCUUAAAUACUGCGGUUCCAGAGACCUACACUAUUGACUUGGAUUAUGCCGAAUUUUUAGAUGAUUCCUUGGAUGAAAAUUGGGAAUUAAGGCAAGAGCUAGAGAAGGAAGAAAAAUGGUGGAUCGUAAAACCUAGUAUGAGUGAUAAGGGACAAGGUAUUAGAGUCUUCAAAACAAUCGAAGAUUUACAAGCCAUUUUUGAUUCAUUUGAUGAUGAAGAGGAUGAAGCGGAAGAUGGGACCGAGUGUAUUGAUGAUAACAAGAUUAUUAUUUCCCAAUUGAGACAUUUUAUUAUUCAAGAAUAUAUGUCGAAUCCGUUGUUGUUAAAAUCGAUGGAUAAUAAAAAGUUUCAUAUCCGUUGUUACGUGACAUGUAAGGGUGAUGUAGAAGUCUUUGUUUACGAUAGAAUGUUAGCUCUGUUUGCACCAACCCCAUUUACCCCAUUAGUUGAAGAUGAAUACUCUCCUACAGAUUUAACCAAUUUACAAUGUCAUUUAACAAAUACCUGUUUACAGACGAAGAAUGAAAAUAAGGAUUUGUCAGUAAUGGAAUUUGAUAAAUUGGAAGAUAUUUCUCUUGAGCAUAAACUUUCCAUUAAGAAGGAAAUUCAUCAAAUUACACGUGAUAUUAUCUUAGCUGCAUUGAAUGUCAAUAGGUUAAAUUUCCAGCCAUUGCCUAAUGCCUUUGAAACAUAUGGUGUUGAUUUCCUAGUGGAUUCUAACUUCCAUGUUAAAUUCUUAGAAAUUAACGCAUAUCCAGAUUUCAAACAAACGGGUACUGAAUUGAAGGGAUUAAUCGAUGAACUAUUUGACAAUACUGUCAAACAAUGUAUUGUACCACUUGUGACCAAGAAUAAUGACAAAUGCAUUACUGAUCGAAACUUCACAAGUGUUUUAGAAUACAAAUCUAACGAAUGGUAA